GGAAGAUGGCGACGGUGCCGGCUUCGUUGGCGGGCAGCUUCCAGGGAUCAUUUGCAUAUUUUUCAAUUAAGGACAGGCUGCCUCAAAUCCUAACUAGGGUUAUUGAUACUUUGCACCGACAUAAAAAUGAAUUCUUUGAAGAACAUGGAGAGAAAGGCAUUGAGGCAGAGAAGAACACUAUAUCCAUCCUCUCUAAGUUAAGGAAUGAGCUGCAAACGGACAAACCAUUGGUUCCCUUGGAUGAUAAACUCCCUGAUGUUCCACUGUGGAAUCGAUACCUAGAAUAUCAACAAAAUUUAUUAGGUGGAAAUGAACAGCCAAGCUGGUUUCAGUCCCCUUGGUUAUAUGUGGAGUGUUACAUGUACCGCCGCAUUCAUGAAGCACUACUUCAUAAUCCUCCUAUUGAUGACUAUGAUGUAUUUAAAGAAGCAAAGGUUCAAAGCUUCUUUGAGUCCCAACAAGCUAUUAUUGCCUUAUGCACUUACUUGCAGGAAAUUCUUAAAAACAUUGAGGACCUAGAUGAAAAACAACUUCAGGAAGAAUUUUUUAAGCUGCUGCAGGUUUCAUUGUGGGGGAAUAAGUGCGACCUCUCCAUUUCAGCUGGUGAAGACAACUCUCAGAAAGCCAGUCCUCUAAAAUUGCUGGACAACUUGAAAACUUUCAUCUUAGUGGAUGAUACGGAAAGCAUUUGGUCACUGCUUAUUAACAACAAGAAAAGAAGAACUUCAGAAGAAAUUACUAGAGUUGACAUUGUCCUGGAUAAUGCUGGAUAUGAACUUAUUACUGAUCUAGUACUGGCUGACUUUCUGUUAUCAUCAAAGUUAGCAACUGAAAUCCAUUUCCAUGGAAAGUGUAUUCCAUGGUAUGUAUCGGAUACUACAAAACAAGAUUUUAACUGGACUAUUAAACAGCUGCAGUCCGCUAAUAAUAGGUGGAUGUCUAGGUGUGGGAUGAACUGGGAGGGCAGUAUUAAAAAAGGAGUUUGGGUUUACCAUGAUCACAUGUUUUGGACUCUGCCACAUGAAUUUUGUAGUAUGGCUCAGGUUGCUACUGACUUGUACACUGAGCUGCAGAAGUCACAUUUAAUUAUUUUUAAAGGUGAUCUGAACUACAGGAAACUAACUGGAGAUAGAAAAUGGGAGUUUACUGUUCCAUUUCAUCAAGCCUUAAACAAAUUUCAUCCUGCACCUCUUUGCAGCUUGAGAACACUAAAAUCUGAUGUUCAGGUUGGUCUGAAACCUGGACAAGGUGAACAGUUUGUGACUUCUGAACCUGACUGGAUGAUAUGUGGGAAAUAUGGAGUAGUUCAGUUUGAUGCAUCUUUGUGAUUCAGCUGUGAGGUUGAUAGUUGACCUAGGGAUAGGUUUAAUUUGCACUGUUUCAGAGAGCUAUACUUUUGCUGUUCAAUUUUGGGCUCUUCGUUUACCUGCUUCUGGCAAGUGGCUUGUUACUACUGAUUUACAAAAGAUAAAGAUGCUGUGCAACAGUUCACAAACUUUCCUUUUAACACAAGUUAUUAAUUGUAGAUAUUUUAUGAUCUAAAAUGUCAACUGAUGUUGCAGAUGAAUAUGACUUCAAUUGUCCCUAAGAAUACUUUAUUUUUCAGUAAGUAAAGAGAAUUAAUGCUCAGUGGAAGUUACAAUUUACUUUAGGAACUGGUUCCACCUUGGCAUGCAUUUACUGUUCCAGUACUGUUUGGCAUUUUCAAGUGCCAUAUGUUGCAUGGUAUUUAAUUUUUUUUUUUUUUUUAAAUGCAUGAAUCUAACUUCUGGGUUUUCUGCAUCACUGCAGCAGAGGUCUUAUUUUAAAGCUGUUUGAUUUGUCUCUCUCUGAGUAUUUUACAUAAAUUGACAAUGUUUUCUCA